ACACACACACACACACCACAAGGAACGUUACGCAAAUGAUAAAACAGGGAUGUGCGAAGUACGAAGGACUGUAGUCAGUCAAAUCGAUCAAAUUUAAAGUCACUCACUCAGCAACCUGUGUCAUAUGACUGUGCAUGUCGUGUGUGUCAUAUGAUUGCAACCUGUGUACCUGUUGCCAUUCAUUCAUCUCUCAUCUGCUACUCACCGACACACCACCCAAUGUCUCUUCUGUCAACGACUGCAUAUUGUCUAGCCAAAUUGGUGUACGUUUUCGAUCGAGACCGAUCGAUUGUCAUAUUAUAAAGCUAUCGACACUGAUAAAAGUAAACACUUGCCGACACACUCACAGCCACACAGCGACGUACAACCGUCGAAAUGGCAUGUACACACAUCGACCGAUCGAUCGAUCGAUCGCCACAGCACUACGGAAGAACUCAAAGACACUUGCCCACACAGUCGUACAUGUAACAUACAACCCAAACACCGGAAAGAUGAAUACGAAAAGUAGCUGCAACAGCAGUGUCUCUCAUGUGCACUUCACUUUAGUUCCAUCGGCUGCCUCGAUCGAUAACGUUAACACCGACCCCCCUGUGUUUGUGAUGCAUCAAUCUACCGAGAAUACAACAGAACAGCCAUCACGCGAAGCGGACCGGGCCUGGAUCACUCUUGCCUGACCCUUGCUUCCCCUCCCCCCUCGCCAAUGCCGAUAGAUCAGUGCAGCGACACGUGCACCCAGAAGAGAAGAGGCUUUCCUUUAUGCACCCACACAGGGAACCACCCGCCGACCCGCUCACCUCACGAGCGAGGGCACACACAUUUUGCGCCUAGCACUCAGAUCACAUGGACCGCCCGCCCUCAUUUCGCUCAUCCGUACACCCCCCACACAGGGAAAGUAGACACAAGUCAGGUCGACACGGAAAGCCCAGUGCACCAGCGUGCACACGCCACGUGCAACCGCACAGCGCGCCCAUCCAUCCAUCCAUCCAUCCACCCAUCAAAGACGACGCGAUCAGACACACAGACACGUGACGAGACCGGCAGGUGAGAGACAGACGAAAGUGAAGGCAAAACAAAAAGCAAAGACCGACAGUUUGGGUCGCUUCUUCUCCACAGAAUCAGCACCAGAUGGAACAUCAAUUAGUAGCUACGAGACAAACACCAGAGGCACCAGGGUGUCAGACAAAGAGACAGCCAUGAAGGGGCACCCAUGGCAGAUCGUUCCGUGUCGGCCUACCAGGAUAAUGAAUGGUGAGCCUAUUCGCUUUUGCCGUCUCGGCCUCCUGUGGAGGUCCCACUGCGAGAAACCAACCAACCAUCCAUUUAUUAUUUGUCACGCACACAACCCACACACAUUCUUCUUUCCACUGUGUGAUGUCAUCCCUUUGGUUGCCUUACUAGGUUUUGCACACGGCGCCUUCCGAACUGUCGGGCAGAGCACUCUCGCAGCGGCAAUCGAUUCCGCCGCCUUUCUUGACGCCCGCGGGACUACAGCAACAGGAUUGUCCCUCCGACUUCUCGAUGAGGGUCUCAGAGCCAUACUGCACACAACACAUUCAACUGUGCUUCCAUCGUGUCCUGUCUGAUGGUGCGAACCCCCUUAUGAUCGCAGGCCUCGUUCAAGGUGUCACACGCCACCGAGUCGUCGGACACGGUGCUGGCCUCCGCUGUCGCAUCUGAAGGCGAGACAAACACACGCACACACAUACAUACAUACAUACAUGUGCCGCUCUGUGUAUUGAUGACCGAUAGGUACCCUGCUGCGUUGUGUGGCGAGUAAGUGUUCCGGGAAGAGCCACACAUCACAUUACAUGACAUCACAUGCAGGCAAUUGAACUAACAUAACAGCCUCCGUCUGGUCUUCCCGCACUCACCUUGGCCUUCCGUUUUGCGUGCGUCACGUCGCCGGCCACUCUCUCCGGGCCGGCCCGCUCGUCGUAUGCACUGCAACCAACCAUUCAUCCAACCACCCACAUUCUCUCCAUCGUACUGGCUGGCUGGCUGCCUGCGUGUGAUGUCAUCCCUUUGGUUGGCUUACUAGUUUUGCACACGGCUCCUUGGAAACUGUCGAGCAAAGCGCUCUUGUCGCAGCAGCAAUCGAUUUGCGAUGGGAGAUAUUGCCGGGGACCCAAAAGCGCACAGCAACAGGGUUGUCCCUUCGCGUUCUUCUUGAGGUCCUCGAAGUCAUACUGCACACAAACAUUCAGCUGUGCUUCCAUGGGCCCCUGUGUGUGGCGGUACGGACAUUCUUAUGAUUGCAGAAGUCCUUGAAGGUGUCGCACGCCACCGAGUCGUCGGACAUUACGAUGCAGGCCUCCGCUGUCGCAUCUGAAGGCGAGGCAAACCUUGCACAUACAUAUACACAUACAUAAAUGGUGUUGAUGAUAGGUACCCUGCUGCGUUGUGUGGCGAGGAGUGAGUGUUCCGAGGAGAGCCACACAUCACAUUACAUGACAUCACAUGCAGACAAUUGAACCAACAUGACAGCCUCUGUUGUGGUCUUCCCGGACUCACCUUGGCCUUCCGUUUUGCGUGCGUCACGUCGCCGGCCACUUUCUCCGAGAGCUGCCAGAGCUAGGGCUAGCCUUAGGUGGCGACCCGUCACCUGCAUAACGGAAACAGCAAGCACACGCAUAGACGGUGGGUGUGUGACACUCGCGUGGUCCGUGUCAAUACGACCAUCUGCUGAACGCAAGAAAGUGCUGCGGUCUUCAUCGGCCCGAGCGAGCAAAUUCUGGAUGUCGGCCAACAGCUCCUGUAGCAUCUGCUGGUCACGGGCAUCGAGGCCACCACCACCGCACACAGGGCGGAGGCCGCCAGAGCCGCCAAAGAGGAGCAGGGAGCAACGAAGGGCAGACAGAGCGCGACGCGGGCCAUUCUCAAUGCGGGGGGAAGUGGCUGACUAAGACAAGCAGGUUGGAGGGCCAGAUGUCGUCCCUUAGCGGCUCAGCUCUUCC